GACGUGAAAGCACCAAAGAGCGGCGUUAAAGCUGACUUUGUUCUCUUUCAUUCGUUAUCUGUCUCCGUCAUAAAGCUUUGCUGCGUUGCUCUUCGCCACUAGAGGCUACUGUUGACUUGAACAAGGAAGAGACGCGGAUGAAGCAAUUUACGCGAAUGCUGGAGAGAGAGCAUGAGGAAGAAAAGUUGACCAGAAAAUACGGGUCAUUGAAGGCUCCAGACGAGGGGUCGAUGUUUUGCGCUUGCGCAGAAGCCAGAUGCCAUAUUGGAACGGGGGUAGCAGCGGGAGCGGAGAGACGUGCUGAGUGCCGAGGCGAGGCGAGCACACCCAGCGGGGGCUCCGGCCGGAACUGUCCUGGAAUAACAAGAGGGAGGGGGAGAAAAAACUCGGGACAGGCGUCAUUGAGGAGGAAAAGCCAGAGGUCGAAUAAGCAGCGGCAGCCGCAGGUGUUGGAAUCGGAGGAAGCUCCCGGCCAGGGCACCUCUGCGGGCGCUUGGGACGAAGCGUGCCAUGCGGUGACGAGGUCUCCAGCUUGCAAGGAUGCAGUCGCUGGCCCAGGAUCAGGCGCCCAAGCCGCCCGCCUGUCCCAUUAACGGGAAGGAGGAGGCGGCGCUCCACUCAGAGGCGGAGGCCGUGGAGGAGCAAGAGGAGGAGGUGGAGUUUAACUGGCAGGAGCACAUGGCGGAGAUGGGGGCUGCCAGCGCCCCACACGGCGCCUUCAAACACGUGGAGGUGAGCCUGCAGAGCAGCUUCCAGCCCGGCAUGAAGCUGGAGGUGGCCAACAAGGAGGCGCCCGACACCUACUGGGUGGCCACGGUGGUGGCCACGUGCGGCCAGCUGCUGCUGCUGCGCUUCAGCGGCUACGCCGACGACCGCAGGGCCGACUUCUGGUGCGACGUCAUGACCGCCGAGCUGCACCCGGUGGGCUGGUGCGCCCCUAACCGCAAGACUCUCACGCCCCCCCAAGAUAAGCUGAGAAAAGCCAUCAAGGAGAAACACGCAGAUUGGACCGAGUUUCUGGUCGGCGACUUGACCGGCUCCAGGACGGCGCCGGCGAACCUGCUCGAGGGGCCGCUGCGAGGGAAGAACACAGUGGACCUGAUGGUCCCGGGAUCGGUCCUGGAACUCCGCGACGCGUCGGACCCCUUUCUGUACUGGCCGGUGCGCGUGGUCCGCAACGUCGGCGGCCGGCUCCGUCUGCGCCUCGCCGGCCUCUCGGACGAGCACCGGGCUCGCGACGCGUGGCUCUUUUACCUGGACAUCAGGCUGCGACCCCUCGGCUGGGCCCGGGAGAACCGGCUGGCUUUGGAGCCGCCCACAGAAUUGCAAAGUCUCAAAAGCGCCGCCGACUGGCAGCAAGCUUUGGAGGACGCCAGACGAGACGGAGAGACGAGCGCCGUGCCGCCGGAGGUGUUCAAGGACCACGCCGACCUGCCUGCGCACGCCUUCAAGGUGGGCAUGAAGCUGGAGAUGCUUUCUCCGUGGGAGCGCCUGCAGAUCUGCCCCGUUUCCGUCACCAAGGUUUUCGAUGAAAACUACUUCCAAGUCACCGCGGACGACCUGGCGGGCGACGGCGAGCCGCGCUCCGCGUUGUGUCACGCCAACUCUCCGGGCAUCGUGCCCAUCCAGUGGUGCCUGAAGAACGGCGUGGCUUUGGGGCGGCCGCGCGGCUACCGGGCCCCAGACUUUGACUGGGCCGACUACCUCGAGCAGAGCGGCGCCGAAGCCGCUCCCGACACCUGCUUCCCCGACGCGUGGCAGACUCGGCCGUUCGCCCAAGACGCGUGGCUGGAGACGGCGCACCCCGAGCGGCCGGCGGAGAUCUGCGUGGCCCGGAUCACUCGAGUGCGAGGACGUCUCUUGUGGCUUCGACUGGAAGGUGUGCCCAAGCGCUGUUGCGAGACCAUCGUGGACGUGGAGUCCAUGGACAUCUUUCCCGUGGGCUGGUGUGAGGCCAACGCUUACCCCCUCAACCCGCCCCUCGGAGCUGCCUGUGGCAAAGAACGGAAGAUGGUCGUGGUCCAGCCGGAGCAAGAAUUGGCGCCGCAGCCGUCACUCGCCGCGGAGCCGCCUCCGGCAGCCUAUCACUGCCAGCCUGCCCCCAACGACGCAGCCGGCGGUCGCUUCUGCUGCUCCAAGGUGUUUGUCAACCACCGCUGCUUCUCGGGGCCGUACCUCAACAAGGGCCGCAUCUCCGAGCUGCCGCAGACGGUGGGGCCUGGCAAGUGCACUCUGGUUCUCAAAGAGGUCCUCACCAUGCUCAUCAACGCCGCCUACAAGCCCGGCCGCGUCCUCAAGGAGCUGCAGGAGCUGGAGGAUCCCAGCUGGGACUGUCAGGAGGAGACCCUGAAAGCCAAAUAUAAAGGGAAAACGUACCGAUCCAGCAUCAAAAUCGUCCGCCUGGCCGAGCUCAUCCCGGACUUUUGUCGCAAAGUGUGCGUCAAGCUGCAGUGCUGCCCCAACCUCGUGGGCCCCGCGCUCGUGCCCGAAAAGUGCCCGGAGAGCUGCUUUGUUCAGACCAAAACCAAAUACACUUAUUACUAUGGCAAGAAAAGGAAGCUGCCCAAGCCGCCUGGAGGCGAGGACGACGCCGCCGCCGCCACAGCAGCAGCAGCAGGAGAGCCGCUCAAACCAAAGCGCAAGAAGAGGAAGAGCAUUUUUGUGCAGAAAAAGCGCCGAUCUUCAGCGGUGGAUUUGACUCUAGCUGGCUCAGGACAGGAAAGCGAGGAAGAGGACGGGGCGUCGCCAUCGGGCAGCGAGGCCACCAGCUCGGAGCCUCGCGACGACCUGACGGACGCGUCCUCGGUGGAGACCGUCGGGGGCCGCCCGCGUCGCGCCACGGCCCUGUGCAAGGUCGAGCCCCUGGGCACCAGCAAUGGGGCCGCCGGCAGCCAGGAGGCGCCAGAGGGCCGACGGCGGUCUGCGCGCCAGCUCCUCGGCAAGUACCAAGCAUCCAAAGACGAAGACGUGCAGGUAAGAAAAAGCCAACUGGUACACAGGAGGAGGAGGAGCCCCUGGUUCUGGACGGAAACCCACUGGAGUGGAGCGUGCAAGAGGUGGUCCAGUUCAUCAACUCCACUGACUGCGCAUCGCUGGCCAGCAUCUUCCAGGAGCAGGACAUCGACGGCCAGGCCAUGCUGCUGCUGACGCUGCCCACCGUGCAGGAGUGCAUGGACCUGAAGCUCGGGCCCGCUGUCAAGCUUUGCCACCACAUUGAGCGCGUGAAGGUGGCUUUUUACCGGCAGUAUGCCAAUUGACAUUGCGUUUGUUUCCCAAGCUGCGUGAGGACGAUCAAAAACAUGCCAAGAAAGCACAGAACACAAAAUCGAUUUUCAUUUCGUGGUCUUGGACGGCACAAGUCGCGGUUUUUUUCAUAGUUUGGGUGGGGGGGGCGACUUAUAUGUGAAUUUUUUCAA